UGAAGUUAGCUGUGAUUGGAAACAUGAACACGUUGGUGACUAAGUUAGACCACAUAUGGAUUAGUUUAACCCUGAGGCAACCUUGGGUACCAGCUUCUGCAGCUUCCAAGGUGCAGCUCUCCACACUCCCUUCAGAACCUGUCAUCCCCUCUAAGAAGCCUUUCAAAGUGGAGCUGGUUGGUGGAAAGCGUUACUCGUGGUGCACGUGUGGACACAGUAAGAAACAGCCUUUCUGCGACGGCGCCCACAAGUUCAAAGCCCAAGGCCUGUCCCCGCUACGUUUUGUCGCGGAGAAAGACGCCACGGUUUGGUUGUGCGGAUGCAAAUACACUAACAACCCACCUUACUGUGAUGGCACGCACAAGCAGGACUUCAUUGUAUCUGCCAAGCUACAUGAACAGACUGACUCUUGAGCAAGGAGGAGGAUUGCCAGAUGAUUUCGGUUUGGGUGACACACCUCAUCCUGAUCCGGGAGAAUAAACUUGGCAAUUGUUGUAGAGCCAAGAGCACAAACUUUGCUAGUGUAGUCGCAUUUUUUGCAGAUCGGCGCACACCAUAACAUGAUGGACAAUGUCUGGUAUCUGGUUCUUGUCACUAUUUCUAGCAUGACAAAGAAGAGAGUGGAGAUAAGAAAGCCACCACAGCCCUUAACCUCAGCCAUUAUGCUGUCUGUUUUAUAUGAUAAAUACAAUUUUGCGUUAACAUUAGGGUUGGUGAUAUUAUGAUAAACUGUGAGAUGAUAGAGAUUUGUCUACUAGUAGAGAUUUUCCCACACUGUUUAUACUGAGAUAGCUGUCCCUUUAGUAUGUCUGGUUAUUAUUAAGCCAUUGUGGACAAUGUUGCGAAUAAAUAAACAAUACUGGCAGUCCAUAGAAAAAGAUGAAAGAUGGGAUGUUGGGACGAUGUUGUGUAUUCUGGCGCAGAUUUUAAAGAUCUAGGGAACAGUUUUACAGGAGAGAAGAGUCCACAGCGAUGUAUAAUUUCAUCCCACAGAGACAGUGGGAAGUUGUGGUAGUGCAGAGGCCUGUGCUGCUAUCUCCUCAUACAGUAAUAAGCUGAAAAUUUUAAUGAAUGAAAAUGCCAUAUUGUUUUCCUUUUUUAACCUUUGGGAUGUGUUCAUAUUCUUUUCUUCAUUAAAAUUAAGAAAUGUAUAGUAUAAACACUAAGCAGCUGUAGGUUAGGUAGAGCUACCAGUGAAUAUCGACUACUGUAAGCAACCAAUAAAUGCUUCUUUUUGUAA